GUCAUGUCGGUUGCGUGUUGAUAUUUUCUUUCCGGACGUCUGUUGUCGAUUACCGCUAAAAAAAAUUAACAUUUCGAACUAAAUUACUAUAAUAUAUACUAUAAUAUAUUAUAUUCUACUAACUGUUAUUCUGUUCAUAAACUUUUCUAUACCUAAUGGUUUUAUUGUCCGAUUAUAAAGUUCUUCAUAAACUGCAUCAAACUUCUGAGUAAACCUCAGUGAUUGGCCUCCAAUCACAAGCUGCUUUGAACGAAGGAUAAACCAUGGCUGGUGACAAGAAGCGCCGUUCGCGGUCUCGAGAACGAAUCGAAAUGGAUCGCGGUGGAGGCGGCAGAGAUCGGUACCGGGACCAGCGGGAACGCGAGUAUGAACGAGAUAUGAGGGAGCGCGAUCGGGACCGGGAUCGUGAGCGUGAAAUUCGGGAACGGGAGCGCGAUCGAGAUCGCGACAGAGAACGGGAACGUGCACUGGCCAUGGCCAGGAGAAGGUCUCGUUCGCGUGAGAGGGAGCGUGAGCGUGACGAGAAGAAGCGUAAGGACGAAAAGGAAAAAAGGGACGAUGAUGUCGAAGAGGUGAAGAUUGAGGUUCCAAAGAAGGAGGAAAAAAGUAAGAAGGAACCGCUCUCGCUGGAAGAGCUGCUUGCGAAAAAGAAAGCUGAAGAGGAUGCCAGGAGUAAACCAGUUUUUAUAACAAAAGAGCAGAGAGCGGCUGAAGCAUUGAAGAGGCGGCAGGAGGAAGUUGCUGCAAUGAGGGCAGGUGCUUCGACUAGUGUUCCCAAGUUUGGAGAUGUUCCGGUGACCACUUUAUUAAACAGAGAAAAGAAGGACCCAUUGGAGAAGUAUGACAGAAGGGAGCGCGAAAGGGAACGAGAACGAGAAAGAGGUAGAGAUAGGGAAAGAGACAGAGAUGGAAAGGAUAAGGAUCGGGAUGAGGAUAAACGGCGUUCAACAACGGAAGACACAACUGUUAAGGAUAAAGAGAAGGAACAGGAAGCCAUCCGAGAGCGGUAUUUGGGAAUUAUUAAAAAGAAGAGGAGAGUGAGACGAUUGAACGACAGGAAGUUUGUCUUUGACUGGGAUGCAGCCGAGGACACAUCCAUUGAUUAUAACAAUCUAUACAAAGAACGUCAUCAUGUCCAGUUCUUCGGUCGGGGUAAUAUUGCAGGAAUUGAUAUCAAAGAUCAGAAGCGAAAGCAAAGUAAGUUUUAUGGAGAUCUGUUGGAGAAACGUCGAACGGACGCCGAAAAGGAACAGGAAAAGGUUCGUCUAAAGAAGGUAAAGAAGAAAGAGGAUAAACAAAAAUGGGACGAUCGUCAUUGGUCUGAAAAAGACUGCGAUGAGAUGACCGAACGUGAUUGGCGUAUUUUCCGAGAGGAUUACAAUAUUACAAUAAAGGGUGGUAAAAUUCCCAAUCCCUUCAGAAGCUGGAGCGAAACUGGGUUCCCCAAAGAAAUUUUGGAUAUCAUCGACAAAGUUGGAUACAAAGAACCCACCCCUAUUCAGAGGCAGGCCAUUCCUAUUGGUCUACAAAACAGAGACAUUAUUGGUAUUGCUGAAACUGGUUCCGGUAAGACUCUGGCGUUCUUGAUUCCUCUUCUAACGUGGAUCCAGUCACUUCCAAAAAUCGAUCGUCUGGAAACUGCGGACCAAGGCCCGUAUGCAAUUAUUUUGGCGCCUACUCGAGAAUUGGCUCAGCAGAUCGAAGAAGAAACUCAGAAAUUCGGUCAACCCUUAGGCAUACGAACGGUCGUCGUUGUCGGUGGUUUAUCCCGUGAAGAACAGGGCUUCCGACUUCGACUUGGUUGCGAAAUUGUUAUCGCUACUCCCGGUCGUUUGAUCGACGUCUUGGAGAAUCGUUAUCUGGUGCUGAAUCAAUGUACAUACAUUGUUCUGGACGAAGCCGAUCGUAUGAUUGACAUGGGUUUCGAACCGGACGUACAGAAAAUUCUCGAAUACAUGCCCGUGACCAACCUGAAACCUGACACCGAAGAAGCUGAAGAUGCCUCCAAGCUGAUGGAAAACUUCAACACCAAGAAAAAGUAUCGCCAAACUGUCAUGUUCACAGCUACUAUGCCUCCGGCAGUAGAACGACUCGCACGGACAUAUCUCCGUCGUCCGGCCACGGUCUACAUCGGUUCUGUUGGUAAACCGACCGAGAGAACCGAACAGAUUGUCCACAUCAUGACCGAAAACGAGAAGCGGAAGAAGCUUAUGGAGAUUCUGUCCCGCGGAGUCGAACCUCCGUGUAUCAUCUUCGUCAACCAGAAGAAGGGAGCGGACGUGCUGGCCAAGGGCCUGGAAAAACUCGGUUACAACGCUUGUACCCUGCACGGUGGCAAAGGUCAGGAACAGCGAGAGUAUGCCCUUGCGUCGCUCAAAAACGGAUCAAAGGAUAUUCUUGUCGCUACGGACGUGGCUGGUCGUGGUAUCGACAUCAAGGACGUCUCGCUGGUCAUCAACUACGAUAUGGCUAAGUCGAUCGAGGAUUACACGCAUCGUAUCGGUCGAACGGGUCGUGCCGGAAAGACUGGAUGCGCCAUUUCGUUCUGUACCAAGGACGACAGCCAUCUGUUCUACGACUUGAAGCAAAUAGUUGUGGCCAGUCCGGUGUCCGUGUGUCCGCCAGAGCUGAUGAACCAUCCGGAUGCGCAGCAUAAGCCGGGAACGGUGGUCACGAAGAAGCGACGGGAGGAGAAGAUUUUCGCGUAGAUAUUAGUUGGAUUUAUAAAUGGUAAAUAUUACACUUUAUUCACAACUAUAAAAUUUUCGUUUAACACGACCAGCAAGAGCUGGAAAUGUGUUGAAGUAUGAA